AUGCGGCUCACGCCGGCCGAGUGGGCCUUCAGCCUGGUCGAGCACACGGCCGGGUUUGGCCGCCCAAUCUACACAAACACGGUGUACCCCUUCCCGGUGGGGGCCGUCUCAGCGCCGCACGCCGGCACUUACCAGACAAGCUUCUCCCUUCCGGGCGCCUGGGCGGGUCGGCGGACGCUGCUCCGGUUCGACGGCGUCGACGGCGACUCGAGCGGCGACGCGAGGCUCGGUGACGGCGCGGUGACGGUGUGGCUCAACGGGCGAGAGGUGGGCUACUCUCAGGACGGUGGCCAGUGCCUCGGCUUCGCUCACUGCCGCGAGCUGCGGGCGGCACCACCUCACACGGAGUGUGCGACCGCCCGCGAGACGCACCGAGUGCUCCCACUGCAGGUCACCGACGCGUGCGCCGCCGGCGAGGCGGGCCGGCACACGCUAUCGGUCCAGGUGGUCCGCUUCUCGGACGCGUCCUACCUCGAGGACCAGGACCAGUGGUGGCUGAGCGGAAUCCACCGCGACGUGGUCGUCUACUCCAAGCCGCGCGCCGCCGCCAUCGCCGACUUUUACGCGACGACCUCGCUGGCGGGGACAGCGGCGUCGGCUAUUCGGAGCGCAACGGUCGCUGUGCGGGUGGGUCUGCGCGGGGCCGUCUUCGCUGCCGCGGGCAAAGCGGCGGGCGGCACGACGGCCGGCAGCGCCACUGCGGCGGAGGCGUGCCGGCGGUACGAGAUUGCAGCGUCUCUGCACGGGCUGGCGCAUUCCGCAUCUGUAGACUCGCCGCUGACCCUGCGCGGCGUCAACCGGCACGACCACUCCGCCGAGGGCGGCAAGGCGGUGGAGUGGGGUGAGAUGCUCUCCGACGCCCUGACGAUGAAGCGGCACAACUUCAACGCGGUGCGCACCGCGCACUACCCCAACGCCACGGCCUGGUACGAGCUGUGCGACGCGGUCGGGCUGUGGGUGGCAAACAUCGAGACGCACGGCUUCCUCGCGAGCGGCGACGAGGGCAUCCUCGCCAAGACGCCCUCGUGGCGGCUCGCCUUCCUCGCGCGGUUCGCGCGCAUGGUGCAGCGCGACAAGAACCACCCGUGCGUCAUCGGCGGCUUCGUGUGGGACUGGAUCGACCAGGGGCUUGCGCGGGUCGACGUGCGGAGCGGCCGCACGUACUACGCGUACGGAGGCGACUUUGGAGAGGCGACGCACGACGGAGACUUCAACAUCAACGGGCUGUGCUUCCCCGACCGGAGGCCGCACCCCGCGCUCGAGGAAGUCAAGCACGUGCAGCGGCCGAACCGGUACGAUUUCGUGCUUCUGGGAGGGGUGCGGGUGCGGCACCGGCUCGAGGUCGACGGAGCGCUGGUGGGAGAGACGGCGCCGGCGCCGCUGCCCGCGCCGGUGCCUCCGCACUGCAGCGCCAUCUUUGACGCCGCGGUCGAGCUGAGCUGGGAGCACCGCAGCGGCCCGGCUGCCGCCUCGCGUCGCAACCCGAUGCUGCCUCGCGAGGCCUUCCUCUCUGUCGAGGUGAGCGUGGCCGCUCCCUCCGCCUGGGCGCCCGCCGGCUUUGUCAUCGCCACGGAGCAGCACGCGACGUGGUAUGGGCGUGGCCCGUUUGAAAACUACCCGGACCGCUGCUCCGCCGCUAAGGUCGGCGUGCACGCGGCGUCGGCCGACGAGCUAGCGACGCCGUAUGUGUACCCGAGCGAGCACGGGCACCGCACGGGCACGCGUUGGGUCGAGGUGGGCGGCGGCGGCGACGGGGAGGGGGAGGGCGGCGGAGGGAGUCGACCGGGCGGGCGAGGGAGGCUGCGGCUGAGCUGCGAUGCGCCGUUUGGGUUCGGCCUCCUUCGCCACGGCGCCGCGCGCCUUGCCGCAGCGACGCACCAGGACGAGCUCUUCGCGCCCGACCCGCUCGCCGCGCACCUGACUGUGGACGCAGCCAUGGCUGGCGUCGGCGGAGACAUCGGGUGGGGGCCGUGCGUGCGCGAGGCCUUCACCGUACCGCCCGGCGUCUACCGGUGGGCGACCUUGAUCGAGCCGCCCGGCUGCCGGGCGGAGCUCUCGGCGCCGAUGCUCCGCCGCCUUGCAGCCUGCGGGCCGCGCUACGAGCCGCCCCGUCGCGCCUCCGCGCGGCGGAUCGCGCUGCCCGCCGCCUGGAAGAGCUCGCGGCCGGACGCGACGUGUAAACUUGUUUUCGCCAAGAUCGGCGCAGAUUGA